CUUCUCUCCGCUGGAAACAUGGCGGUGCCCGGCGAACACCGACCUCUCGACGGCUUUCUACCUCACGGGCUCACCUCCAACACUCCCUUCCCCAGCCUCAAGCUGUCUGUCCUCAUCGGAAUCCUCAGCCUCUCCGCGCUCUCCAUCGCUCUCCUCAUAUGCCUCUGCAUCCGUCUCCGCCGGACCUCGAAGAAGCGCAAUAUGCUAGCAAAAGAGACGGAUUCGAGGGCAUCAUCAGGACCUUCCUAUGAGGUUUUUCUAAGUUUUCGAGGAGUGGACACCCGCCAUGAAUUCACCGAUUUUCUUUACGAUGGCAUGCAUAAUGCCGGGAUCCUCGUCUUUAGAGACAGUGAAUCCCUCCACGUUGGUAAAAGGAUCGCCGAUGAACUUCUACAAGCAAUCGAGAACUCUAAGAUCUACAUCCCCGUCUUCUCCAAGAAUUAUGCUUGGAGUCACUGGUGCCUCCGAGAGCUCGCACACAUGGUUGAGUGCACCUCCAAAUCGAACGGGAAUAAAGAGAUCUUGCCGAUUUUCUUGGAUGUGGAGCCUGACGAUGUCAAACUCAAAACAAACUUAUACAGCAAAGCACUUUUGAAGCACCAGAAGAAGUUUUGCACUGAAGUUGAAUCAUGGAAAAAGGCUCUUAUUGAGGUGGACAAGGUCAAGGGAUGGAACUGGAAAAGAGAUGAAGGCCAAGCAGAUUUGAGAAACUCUGUGAUUGAAACUGUGUUGGAUAAGCUGAAUGCUGGAAAUAAAAAGAUUGUGAGUGAAAAUCUAGUUGGAGUUUAUGAUCGUGUAAAAGCUCUUAUCAAAAUGUUGGAUGUGGGAUCUGACAACGUACAAUUUCUCAUAAUCCACAGAAUGGGCGGGAUUGGCAAAACAACACUUGCUAAGUGCGUCUUCAACCAACUGUCUUCUGACUUCAAAGACCGCAAUUUUCUUUCAAACAUCCGAGAGUCAUCACAACGCCACGGUAUGGUAUAUUUGCAGAAACAAUUGCUGUCCGAGUUUCUUGAUUCUCGUUCUUUCGUUGAGCGAAUUCAUGACGUCAAUGAGGGGAUCAACAUGAUCAAGAGAGUUCUUGGCAGUAAAAAAGUUCUCAUUGUUCUGGAUGACGUGGAUGGGAAAGAGCAACUUAAAAGUCUAGCAGAAAAAGGCGAUUGGUUCUGUAUGGGAAGUAGGAUUAUCAUAACUACUAGGGAUCAAAGUAUCCUAAGGAUUGAGGGAGAAGCAAGCAGUGAAGGCCCCGUAGAAAAGUCUUCAAAAGUUACUUCUUACGAAGUACAUGAAAUGGAGUUUGAUGAUGCUCUUAAGCUUUUCAGUAAGCAUGCCUUUAGAAGAGACUCUCCUCGAGAUCAAUUUUUCUCCCUUUCAAAUGAGAUUGUCUCCACUUUGGGAAGGCUUCCUUUAGCCCUUGAAGUUACGGGUUCAUCCCUUAACAAUGAGUCGGAAGAAUUCUGGAAAGCCACAUUGAAGAAGUUAAAAGAAGCUCCUCCCAAAGAAGUCCAAAGUACAUUGAUGAUAUCUUACGAUAAGUUGGAAGAUAAACAAAAGCAAGUGUUUUUGGAUAUAGCUUGUUUUUUUAUUGAUGACUAUAAGACAUGCCCUUUCUACAUGUGGGAUGCCUGUGGAUACCACCCACACGUUACCAUUAAGGUCCUCUGUCUCAUGUCCUUGAUAAAAAUCAAAGACGAUGAUACUUUUUGGAUGCAUGACCAAGUACGGGACCUUGGAAGGGAAAUCAUUCGUCAAGAGAAUUGCGAAGAUCCCAGCAAACGCAGCAGAGUAUGGAAUCCUAAAGAAACCCGGAGCAUUCUAAAGGGUAAAGAGGGGAGUACCAAAAUUAAGGCACUGUCACUUGGACGUCGUAAAGGCAUUCUAACAGUAACAGGUGACGAGCUUGCUAAUCUACAGAAGCUGAGGUUCUUUCAAGGAGGAUGUGUGUCCCUUGCUGGAGACGUCAAUCGUCUUUUCCCCAGUUUGACAUGGCUUUCUUGCCGUGAUUUCUCUCUUGAGUUUGAGGCGAAAAACUUUCAUCCGACUAAUUUAGCCGUUCUUGACCUUUCAUGGAGCAAUAUUUCAGAGGAAAGGAUUGAUUGGAUUAGAGUGGCAAGUAAACUAAAAGUACUAGAUCUCGGCUACUGCCACCGAUUAACGAGAACACCGGAUUUAUCCACGUUGGUGUCUUUGGAGAAGUUGAUAUUACGGUCUUGUUGGAAUAUAAAGGAACUUCCGAACUCGAUUGGGAAGUUACAAUCAUUGAUCGAGUUGGAUUUGUCGGGGACAAGUAUUAGUCACCUACCCGAUUCAAUCGGCAAUCCGAAGCAACUAACAAUACUCGGGAUCGGCAACUCACAAGGGAUAACAAAAUUACCAGGUGCAAUCGCGCAGUUGGAUAAGCUUGUAGUGUUAGACGCCGGAAGAUGUCAGAACUUGACUGGGGAAAUACCUGCAGAAAUUGAGAGAUUGUCUUGUUUGAGAAUCCUAGACUUGUCAUGGACAAAAAUAUCUAGAUUACCCACGACGGUGAAUCGCCUCUCUAAUCUCCAAGAACUUAAGCUAGCCAGAUCUGAUAUUAAACAGUUGCCGGAGCUUCCCCCUAGUUUGACUUGUCCGACAUGGGAGGCUGCUAUUUAUCUGGAGAGUUUCAGUUCUCUUCCUACUAGCAUCGGUACCCUAUCUCAGCUGAAAGCACUAGCAUUGGCCUCCCCAAAUGUGCGACUCCUCCCCCAGCUUCCGUCUAGUUUAAGAGAGUUAAAACUUGUAAAUCUGGCGAUCGUACAACCGCUAGAUUUUUCCAAUUUGGUAAAAUUGUCAACCUUGGAAUUCUAUAGCUGUUCGAUUCUGGAAUUCUCCGGUAGAUUUGGUCCGGAGUUGGAGAAACUAUACUUGGGGAAAUGCUCGUUUGGAAGACUGGACGCACUGUUUCAGUUGGAAAUGAGAAGAUUGCCAUCUUUAACUUUGGAUAUGUGUGAGUUCCUCCCAGAAAUACUUGAUCUGUCGCAUAUGAAGAAUCUGCAAGAGGUAUUUCUGUUUGGACGCAAGCUGCAAGUCGCGAUUCGCGGCCUUGAGGAAUUGGGAUCCCUUUCCUCCCUCAUGGUCGUCAAUUGUAGUUCGAUUGAAUGGAUGUCGGAUCUAUCGAAAUUGAGAAAGCUAGAGAAGCUCCAAGUAAAAAUUUGUCCGAAGCUAAGAAGCCUGGAAGGUGUAAACCACUUGGAAUCUUUAAAGAGGAUGUGGAUUCACGAUUGCGGGUUGUUGGAGUGUUUGGCUGACACCUCAAAUAUGGAUUUAGGAUGUUGCCAUGUCGUCCAUUGCGACCUGUUGCCCGACCGCCAUUGUUGUGAACAUGGGAGUAAUUGUCGAUAUUUGAGCCUCAAUGGCGUAAGCCUCAAAUUUGCCCUCCAAAUCAUGCACGACGCCGAAGUUAUCAACCUCAUGAUGUGCAACGCAAAUGACCGGCAUGCCGUGCGACGCAAUAGACCGAACCCAUGGUACUCCAAAGAAGGAGGGGCCGUGAAGACAGAGAUGUCAAAGGUUGAAGCUAACGUUGUUGGUGUUCCGAAGCCUGGAAAGAACAAAGGCAAGGUCAUAGUUUUGGAAGAAGUGAAGGUCAGAUUUGGAAGAGAUGCUUCCCUUAGCAAGUGA